AUGGACAUUGCUCAGUUCGAUCCAAGUUUAAGAACACCAAUUGCUCCACCCAUUCCAGAACCGACAAUUAUUCGUUCUCAAGAUUCUGAACCACCAUUAUUUCCAAAUAUGCCAAUGGCACCAAUACCACAACAACAACAACAAGAAGAUGCCCCAGUAUCACAUAAAGAUAUUGUCGAUCCAAAAUCUUUCACUGAAGAAGAAAGAGAACAACUACUGAAAUUUCAAAUGAUAUAUCCAUGUUAUUUCGAUAUUAAUAGAUCUCAUAAAGAAGGUAGAAGAGUAAGUAUUGAUCGUGCAGUGGAAAAUCCAUUGGCAAAGACUAUAAGUGAUGCUUGUAGAUCAUUUAAUUUACCAGUGUUUUUGGAAUUAGAUAAACUGCAUCCACAAGAUUUUGGUAAUCCAGGUAGAGUUAAAGUUUUAUUAAAAGAUGUAUUACAUGGUGGUAAAAUUGUUGAUUCAAGAUUUAAAACAAAAAGAGCUUUGUUUAAUGCUAUUGCUGAUUAUUUAAGUGAACAUCCUACUAGUUUGGAUAGUAUUGGUAAAAAGAGUGGAAUUGCUCUUCCUCAAGAAUUUCAACAAAAUUUUACUCCUGAAGAAAUACCUAAAGUUAAAGGAUUUAAAAUGAAUACUAUAGUUCCAGUACAUUCUAAUUUUACUUUGAAACAUCCAAUGACUAAAGGAAUAUAUGAUCCUGAACCAGAAAUUCCUGAACAAAAACCAAUUGCUCCAAAACAAAUGAAAAAGAAAGUCAUGAAAAUAAGAGGUUGA